UUUACAGUUGGUGUGAAAUCGACAGUCACAAAUAAAUAUGUGGUUGAAUCAGGUAUAGUAAAAAAACAUAAUUAUGAGAAAGAGAAUCACGAAAAUCUACCCAGUACAUCUACUUACAAUGAAUGUUCAAGUGAAACUUUAAAACCAUCUGAUAAUCUAUGUGAUAAUUUUAAAAAACAAGUAUUACGACAACUGCAAAUAAUUAGUCUUAGACAACAACAAAUGUCAGAGGAUCUUAGUGUUUUACUAAUGAAAGCAAAUUCUGAGAAAGAUGAACCAAUCGUAUCAAAUGAAGAGUCCAUAUUUAAAAGAUAUAAUUUUCCUUUGAAAGAAUUACAAGAAUUGGAAGAACUAGAAAACUUUUUAAUCCAGGAUAAAAGUUUCAACUAUUUUGUCAAAGAAAUAAUGCAAAUUGGAGGAACAACUUACAAACAUAUGAUAAAACGUGUAUUGCCAAAAAUAAUGUCAAAUGAUUUGGCUAAGACAUAUAGUUGGAUAGGUUUCAAAGGUAAACAUAAUUUUUCGACUCUUCGAACUUGCUCAGCAAUAUUAAUUGCCACUCAAAGAACGCAUCGUUGUUCUGAAGCAGUAAUAGAAGAUGUAAUAAAAUAUUGGCUUGUAAAAUCUACUGAACGACAGAAGCAGUCACAAAAAGAAAAGAAAUUGUAAGAUUGUUUUCUUCUACGUGAAAGAAAUUUGACUUCUUUGAUAUAUUGCAGGGUU